AUGAGGACUGCUCUGCCUUCGAGGCCCAUGCCCCCCAAGCAUCGCGACUCGUCCUCCCAACGACUGUCGUCUGACCACGAUAGCCGUGCGCGACAGCGCCAUGAUGGCAGUGCCUCCCCUGGUUUGAGAACCAGCCCGUCCGACGAUGGCGGGAAGUCGUCGCGAGGACCCAGCCCCGUCCUAACCGCUGCGGAAUCCGCCGCAAAGGUCAAAUCGACUGGAGGAAACCUUCCCGGUCACGGUGGACAGGUUUGCAGCAACUGUGGAACAACCCGAACACCGCUGUGGAGGAGAUCUCCCCAAGGAGCUACGAUAUGUAACGCGUGUGGCCUCUAUCAAAAAGCUAGGAAUACAGCCCGGCCGACAAGUCUCAAGAAACCACCGAAUGUUGUUGCCGCUGGAUCAUCCCGCUCUACGCCGCCGAAGCCGACACCCUCUGGACCCAAGUCAGCCUCGAAUGUGAAUUCCGGAAAUUAUGUUUCUGCUGAACAAAUGCCUACCGGCACCUGCCCUGGUGGCGGGCGAUGUAAUGGAACUGGAGGUGCCGAGGGAUGUAACGGAUGCCCAGCCUUUAACAACAGGGUGUCAAAAACUGCCCAGCUCAACAUGAUGCAAAGAUCCAAAGGCUGCGGAAGUCGAACAGAUUUAUCCAAUUCAGAACCUGUCCCUAUUGAUGUAAAUGCUCUACAAACGCAAAAUCAAGAUGCAUCCAUGGUCAUUGCCUGCCAAAAUUGUGGAACUACUAUUACGCCUCUAUGGAGAAGGGAUGAGAGCGGGCAUACUAUCUGCAAUGCUUGUGGCCUCUAUUAUAAGUUGCAUGGCGUACAUCGGCCAGUGACGAUGAAGAAACCAACAAUCAAACGACGAAAACGAGUCAUACCUGCCAUGCAGGAUGAAGAAAUGGAGGAUAUGGCCGAGUCACCGGAGGCGCCUAAGAUGGAGGUAACUCCAGAACGAGGAACUGAAAACGAAGAUGGAUCAAUCAACCUCGGAACCCGACGUCGACCAGAUGCACAUCCUUUGACGAUUGAACCCCAGCCUGCAGUAAUGAGAUCUAGCGGUCAGGUGUCUCCACUACCGUCAACGUCGGAUCUCGCUGCAUAUCACCAGAGGAGCGGAUAUUCACAAAGUGUAUCGAGCCAUGCGAAUGAAGAUAAUCGACUGCCGCCGAUGUCGUCCAUGGCUGCCGUUUCUGAGCGCCAGUCUUCCAUGUCUCCUGCCUCUUUUCUUUCUCCGCGAAGAAAGCGUUCAUUUUCAACAACAGACACGGAGGUGGGCAGUAACGCUGAUCUUGUUCCGGAUAGUGCCAAACGGAUCUCUUCCAUCAAAUCUAUUCUGAACCCGACAGGCAGCGGUGGAAUGAAUCGACCUGGUAGCGCCGAUAUGGACGAUUAUACACUGCCGCCACUCAGAUCUGCCAGUGGACUGUUGAAUCCACACGUCCACGAUGUGUCCCCGAGUGCGGGGUCACGGAACGACGGACAGGGGCAUGCGGACAAAAUUGAGAACGAACGUCUCAAGGCAGAGCGCCGAUUAGCACUACAGAGAGAAGCGGACCAGAUGAGAGAAAUGCUCGCCGCCAAGGAGCGGGAAUUGAUGGAACUGUGA